GAGAACAUGCCAAAGAACAAGAGCCCUUUAGGUCCAGUAGAGCGGCUUCCUUAUCUGGUCGAAAAACUUACAACCUCUGGGAGCUGUGCACCGGACUCGGACCUUCUUCGUGAGCUUUGUGCUUGUUGCUGCCAUAACCGUGAACUGGUGAGUCAACUGUUUCGCCUACUUGCGGUACAGUUGCAUCAGCAACAUGCACAAAUUCGACUCGGGGUGCUCACGCUCGUUUCACAAUUAUCGCGUCCCUCAUUCGUGUUGAAGCAUUUGGACCAGUCUGCCGAUACUCAAGCAGUGUCAAGCUUGUGCUCAUUACUUCGAGAUAUGCUGCUGAUAAAUUUGCAGGAUUGGGCGACCCACCUUUUGGCCACUGAUCCAGAUGGGCCACCCCUUCCACCACCAAUCACUGUUGCCAACGAAGCUAGACGCCUUUUCCUCUCUACUUUGCUCGAUUGGGAGGAAGAUUUGAAAGAAGGAUUACUGGAGCGCAACCAAAUUGGUAGCCAAGCGCAAUUAACUCAGCGGUUCAGUUGGUCCCCGACUUCGCUUGCACGCGGGCAAUUCAGGGGAUUUCUCAGUUUCCUUCAUUGUUUGUCGCCUGCCGAUAUAGGCCCAUCUGUCAAGUCAUACUGCGGACUGUCAGAAGUGCGGAUACUAAUCAAUAGCAUUUUGCAGGAACGCGAACAUAUUCGUGUGAAAGCGGAAGCCGAAAAUCGGAGAAGGCGAAAACACUUAAGAAAGUGUUUAUCAGAGAUCAGAGAAUCCAGUGAUCGGAUUGAAGAGAAUUUGAACGCGCUAGCUGGCCUUCUGAAAUUGCUUGUGCCCGACCCUUUCUGCUCAAUUUCCCACACCGACGAUGAAGAAGCCGCGACAGAAGAUAACGGUAUAACAUCUACUGGCCUCCCACGUACUUCCCCAGUCAGCGAUGUUCAUCGAGCACAUGGGCGUCUCUGCGGUACCUCGAGUGGACUAGGCCUCAGCUCUACGGACAUUGAAAUCCGUAUUCCUUGUGCAAAAGGGUCCGUGGACGGGAGUACCUAUUUCUGCAUACCCGUCCAGCGAACAGAAGAGGUUCAGUUUCUGGAGGAGUCAGCUCGAGAGCGGGCUGUUGUGGCCAGAGAUAAGCACAAGCCCCUCCUCCUUGGUUGGUUGAAGACACUUUCUUCUAUGGAUUCUUCCAAGAUCACUCCAAGGUUACGUGACGAGUUUGAGUCAAAACUGGUUCGGGUACGUGGCUGGCUAGAACGCCUACUGCGGCUAACUCAUCUUUUCUUUGAUCGGCUCAUUUUCACUGAUGCAACGGAAUCAAUCCCCCAGCCAGAACCGGAGAGCUCCAGCGAUACCAGUGAUUUGGAAGAUGUGAAACCCGUCGUUACCGAAUCUACACCUGCUAUCUCUCAGUCUCACUUCAAUGCUGCAGCUGAUAAAUCAAGUCCGUGCAGUUCUCUCACUCCGCCUCAGAACACCGAACAAGAGGUAAAGAGGUUACCUCUUCCAAGCCCCGCUUUGUUCGAAUGUUUGCCCGAUAAGUCCUCCGUCAUUUGGCGCUCACUGGAGUCUGGACAUCCCUUCUGGCGCCCAAUUGAUCCGGCUGAGUAUGAGACACCAAAGGAGUACAUUGAAGACGCGAUCAGCUGCAUACGUGCAUCAGGGGAUUUGCACAAUAUUCCAGUCACGCCUAGCCCUGAACUCUCGAAGUCCAUCGAUACAGAAACCGGAUGUGAGCCAUCUACAUCAAGUUUGCCAGCCUCCAUCAACAAACUAACUUGCUGGGCACCUUUACUGUCCAACCGAUUGUGUCCCCGUCGUGACCCUAGUGGUCGGUGUCCAAUUCACGGUCGCAUCGUCAGGCGCGAUCCCACCAACGGACGCCCGGUAGAUCCGGAAGACCGAAAAUUGCUUCGCACCGAGGCGGCUGAGAAACAUCGCACAAUGGUAGAAGCUAGGGUCGCCGAGAGAAAGCGUCGGGCUCGCAAACGCUACCCUGGUCUAUGGGAUUUGAAGGAGAAACCAAACACUUCUCGGUCCCGCCUCAGCUCGCGUGUUUUCAAGAAGAAAACGCUUCUUCGCAUGGCCAACGAGUUGGAAACCGAGGAUCGGAAAGCAAUCGCCGCUCGCUUCUCGGAUAAUUUUGUCCAUUCUGUCAAGCCGUGGUAG